GAGGCUCGUCUUCAUCAUUAAUGUUGGACUGUCUCACUGUCAUGAUGUAGAAGAGCUGCACACGUCCGGACGGCAGGAGAGGAUUCCUGUUUAUCUUUGACUUCAAGUCCAAGAAGAAAGAAAGAAAGAAAGAAACUCGUCGUUAUGAGACCAACUUCCGCUUCUGCUGGACCAAAGAUGGCGACAUUGAAAGAGCAGCUCCUUGGUGUUUUGGAGGAUUUGGGAAAAGAAGACCUGAAUAAGUUCAAGUGGUUCCUGAAGGACGCUGAGAUAAUGAGUCCCUCCCCAGCCAUCCCAAAGUCCAAACUGGAGAAGGCAAACAGGCUGGUCACUGUGGACCUGAUGGUCCAGAUCUAUGGCAAAAACACUGUGGAGGUCACCAAGAAGGUUUUGAGCAAGAUGAACAAAAAUGAUCUUGUCCAGCGUUUGUCAGGCACCAGCUCAGGAACUGAGGUGUGUGUAAUCUGUCAGAGAGAAGCUCAUGAACUUAAAUUCAAUCUGAAGAGGAAGUUUCAGGAUUUGUUUGAGGGAAUUACAGAUGAAGAGGAGAGGCCAACACCUCUGAAUCAGAUCUACACAGAGCUGUACAUCACAGAGGGAGGGAGUGGAGAGGUCAAUAAGGAACAUGAGGUCAGACUGAUUGAAACAGCAUCCAGGAAACCAGACACACCAGAAACAAAAAUCACAUGUGUGGACAUCUUCAAAGCUUUACCUGGAAGAGAUAAAUCAAUCAGAACAGUGAUGACAAAGGGAGUGGCUGGCAUUGGAAAAACAGUCUUAACACGGAAGUUCACUCUGGACUGGGCUGAAGACAAAGCCAACCAGCAUGUCCAUUUCACAUUUCCAUUCACUUUCAGAGAGCUGAAUCUGCUGAGAGGGAAAAAGUUCAGCUUGGUGCAACUUCUUCAUCACUUCUUCACUGAGACCAAACAAGCAGGAAUCAGAAGGUUUGAAAAGGUCCAGGUUGUGUUGAUCUUUGACGGUCUGGAUGAGUGUCGACUUCCUCUGGACUUCAAGAACAACCAGAUCCUGACUGAUGUUACAGAGUCCACCUCAGUGGACGUUCUGCUGACAAACCUCAUCAAGGGGAACCUGCUUCCCUCUGCUCGCCUCUGGAUAACCACACGACCUGCAGCGGCCAAUCAGAUCCCUCGUGGGUGUGUUGACAUGUUUACAGAAGUGAGAGGCUUCACUGACCCACAGAAGGAGGAAUACUUCAGGAAGAGAUUCAGAGAUAAGAAGCAGGCCAGCACAAUCAUCUCCCACAUCAAGACGUCACGAAGCCUCCACAUCAUGUGCCACAUCCCAGUCUUCUGCUGGAUCACUGCUACAGUUCUGGAGGACGUGUUGAAAAUCAGUGAGGCAGGAGACCUGCCCAAGACCCUGACUGAGAUGUACAUCCACUUCCUGCUGGUUCAGUCCAAAGUGCAGAACAUCAAGUAUCAUGGGAGAGCUGACACAGAUCCACUCUGGACUACAGAGACCAGGGAGAUGAUCCUGUCACUGGGAAAACUGGCUUUUGAGCAGCUGGAGAAAGGCAACCUGAUCUUCUACAAAGCAGACCUGGCAGAGUGUGGCAUUGAUAUCAAAGCAGCCUCAGUGUACUCAGGAGUGUUCACACAGAUCUUUAAAAAGGAGUAUGGGCUGUAUAAAAAAGAGGUUUUCUGUUUCGUCCAUCUGAGCAUUCAGGAGUUUCUGGCUGCUCUUUAUGUCUUUCUGUCAUUCAUUAACUCUGGCGUCAAUCUGCUGUCAGACGAACAGUCAACCUCCAGGUGGUCUGCAUUAUUCAAGCGCAAACCUAAGCUUGAUUACCUUCACCAACAUGCUGUGGACAAGGCCUUACAGAGUCCCAAUGGACACCUGGACUUGUUCCUGCGCUUCCUCCUGGGUCUCUCACUGCAGAGCAACCAGAAUCAGACUCUCCUAGAAGGCCUGAUGACACAGACAGGAAGUAGCUCACAGACAAAUCAGAAAACAGUCCAGUACAUCAAGAAGAAGAUCAGGAAGAAUCCCUCUCCAGAGAGAAUCAUCAACCUGUUCCACUGUCUGAAUGAGCUCAAUGACCAUUCUCUAGUGGAGGAGAUCCAACAGUACCUGAGAUCAGGACAUCUCUCCACAGAGGAACUCUCUCCUGCUCAGUGGUCAGCUCUGGUCUUCAUCUUACUGACAUCAGAAGAAGAUCUGGAGGUGUUCGACCUGAAGAAAUACUCUGGUUCAGAGGAGGCUCUUCUGAGGCUGCUGCCAGUGGUCAAAGCCUCCAGGAAAUCUGUGCUGAGUGGCUGUAAGCUGUCAAAGAGAAGCUGUGAAGCUCUGGCCUCAGUUCUCAGCUCCCAGUCCUCUAGUCUGAGAGAGCUGGACCUGAGUAACAACGAUCUGCAGGAUUCAGGAGUGGAGAUGCUCUUUGUUGAACUGGAGAGUCCACACUGCAAACUGGAGGCUCUCAGACUGAGGUACUGCGGGUUGUCAGGGAGCAGCUGUGCUUCUCUGGCCUCGGCUCUGAAGUCCAACCCCCAUCUGACAGAGCUGGACCUGAGUGAGAACGACCUGCUGCUGGAUUCAGGAGUGGAGCUGCUGUCUGCUGGACUGGAGAGUCCAAACUGCAGACUGAAGACUCUCAGAUUGAGGCACUGCAGCCUGACAAAGAGCAGCUGUGCUUCUCUGGCCUCGGCUCUGAAGUCCAACUCCCAUCUGACAGAGCUGGACCUGAGUGAGAACGACCUGCUGCUGGAUUCAGGAGUGAAGCUGCUGUCUGCUGGACUGGAGAGUCCAAACUGCAGACUGAAGACUCUCAGAUUGAGUUGGUGCAGGUUGUCAAAGAGCAGCUGUGCUCCUCUGGCCUCGGCUCUGAAGUCCAACCCCCAUCUGACAGAGCUGGACCUGAGUGAGAACGACCUGCAGGAUUCAGGAGUGAAGCUGCUGUCUGCUGGACUGGAGAGUCCAAACUGCAGACUGAAGACUCUCAGACUGAGAGACUGCAGCUUGACAGAGAGCAGCUGUGCUUCUCUGGCCUCGGCUCUGAAGUCCAACCCCCAUCUGACAGAGCUGGACCUGAGUGAGAACCAGCUGGAGGAUUCAGGAGUGGAGCUGCUGUCUGCUGGACUGGAGAGUCCAAACUGCAGCCUGAAGACU